AUGGACACAAUUAUGAAAAUGAUGACUGCUGACGAUGAAGCAGAUAAAGUCCCAUUAGCAGACAUUCCAAAUGAUAUGUAUGUCAAAUUAAUUUCAUCAGACGAUCAUGAAUUCUAUGUUAAACGUGAUCUUGCUCUUACUUCACAAACAAUUAAAGCGAUGUUAAGUGGACCGGGACAAUACGCAGAAAACGAAACAAAUGUCAUCCAUUUUCGAAGUAUUAGCUCACAGGUCCUUGCUCGUAUCUGUUCGUACUUCGCAUACAAAGCACGAUAUUCCAAUUCCACCAUCGAAAUUCCAGAUUUUAUAAUUGCGCCUGAUGAAGCACUCGAAUUACUAAUGGCAGCGAAUUUCCUUGACUGUUGA